UUCCCGUUAUAAUGAAAACCACUUGUUGUCUACACGGGCAGUGCGCCGACCGCACGCCCUUCUACAACCGCGAAUGUGUAAUCUCUACAUUCGGGUCAAAAUUCGCAAAUGUACUAAAAGUGUGCCGCGACAAUAUUUAAUUUAAAUUUCAAAUAGUGUAAAUGAACGUUAAUUUUUAAAAAUGUGCUUAAAAAGUUCAUUAGUGUGUUUUUAUGUGGUUAUAAUCACGAGUUGCGUGGUCGGUGAUUGCGGGCCUCGAUUGAAGUAUGCCUGGGGUGACGCUCUUCAAAGCACAGAUUGUCCUGGACCAGAUGGUGUCCCAUAUCCCAGGCAAAUGGUAAACCGGGCGUUAAAAUCGGGACCCUGGGGUCAAUCUUCACGUCAAGGGCGUGAUAUGAAAACAGUGAAUCCGGGGCUGAUGCGAAGAGCAUUAUUGGAGGCCCAUGAAAAAUACUCCGAGGGGUUAAUGCUUGCGCCGACUAAUAGAACAGCUCGUGCAUCGAACCUUCCGGGAUUAGCACCAAGUCCUUCGAGCACUUGUGGCGGAACCAGAUUAUGCAAAACCCGCUAUAACACAACAGCACCUAUGUACGGCGUGUCUUUGACAUCUGGUCAACCUGUCACUAUCGUUCAGAAAUUCCCUGAUCUUCUACAGCAAGUCGUCUUUGAAGUUUGCGAGUCAACCGAAUGCUCAGUUAUCCGUGGUUCGUGUACACAGACAUAUGUUCCCUACCUGUUUCUCGUAUUGCCAUUGGGGCCUGUGACCCUAACGGGGCAGGAUUACGUUCUUGUUGAAUCUGGGUGUGUGUGUAGGCCAGACCCGGUUGUGUAGCGAAUAUUUUGAUAGAAUUGCCAGAAUUAUUUGGUUUAUGCAAGUAUUUUUUAACGGAAAAACGUAAAUUAUUUUCACAACAUUUCCGUUAAUGGUAGCGAGAGUUUAUAUUGUUGAAGUUUUAUAAAAAACAUUGAUUCACAAUUCACAGUUCACGAUUUACGAUUUGUACAUUUCAUUUUUCAUACAUAAUAGUAAAUGGAUCUUGUCAUACGGUGUAGGGGUCUUUAUAUUUACGCAAUUCAUGUAAUAUUCAGUAGGGCU